AACAGAAGAAGUUGAAUUAGAAAAGAGUUUUUUUUCUUCAAUAAUAUUCAGUUAAAUAAAUAUAGCAAUGGCAAAAUCUGUGAGCAUUUUGAUUAUAUCUACCUUGUUUGCUGUGUUGUGGGUGGUCCAAGGAGUUGAGUUAGCUGCUGCCGGUAAACAUGUUAAGGACACUAAUGUUGAGAUCUCCAAAACUGUGCCCAAACGUAGUUUAGAUGCUUUUAUUGGUGAUGCUGGCUUUGGGGGAUCUGGUUGGCAACAAACUGCUUUAAAAUUAAAUGGUUUUCAAAAUGGCUGGAAUCCUUGGAAUGCUCAUACUAGUCGCUUAGUGUCGGGACCCUCACCCAAUGAAGUGGCCAAUGCUAUACAGGCCGCUAAACAGGCAUCUGCCAAUGUUUUGAUAGCUCAACAACAAAUGCAGGCAGCCAAAGAGAAUGUUUUAAAUCAACAGCGAAUGGCUAUGGAAAAAGAAGCCAGUGCUACCAUAUUGACACAAAAAUCUGAGGCUGCUGCUGCUAUACAACGUUCUGAAGCAGCUGCUGCUGCUCAGGCGGUGUUAUUGGCUCAACAACGUUUGGCUGCUGCUAAGGCAGCCGUGGCCCAUCAACAACGCAUUGCUUCGGCUAAAGAAGCUGAAGCAGCGAAUGCUUUGCAACGUUCUGCUCAUGCUGCUGCUGCUGAAAUACAAAAAACUGAAUAUGAAGCCUCUAAAAUGGGACAGAUGGCUCGUAAUAAUAACGCUGGCGCCGCUCAUCAUUUGACUUUUACUAAAGAUGCUGCUUUUAGUCCCAUAACAGCUGGUACUAAUCAUGUUCCCAAUUUAGAGUCUUUAGGACCCUGGUCUGCAGCCGCCGCUGCUGCAGCUGCCGGUUCUAAAUCGGGAGCUCCAACGGCUUGGUUGUAA